AUGGACCCUGAGGGCCGUAUCCACUUCAAUCCCACCUGUCUGGAGGGCGGUGAUUCUGACUCGCGGGACUGCGUCGUUAUACGGGGUUUCAAUCCCGGCAUUAAAACGAAGUUUGAGGCUAUCGUAGAUACCUACCAGCUCAGCGGUGCCCUUGCUCUUCGUUUCAACUCCGAAGCUGCGGCUCUGCGCUACUGGAGGACGAUGCUAUCCAUUGGUAACGAGAUAUCUUGGUUGGGCUCUAGCUCGGUAGAGGAGCGGCUUGCCUUCCGCGAGGUACUGUGUCGACGUCUGGAAGUGUGCGGUACUGUUAUACCUCAGAGAUUCGAGGCCGCCAGGAUUGGUGUAGAUGCCCCUUCGCGCGGGCCGCCUGUCCGCCGCACACCAGACGCGCCUGUCAACAUUUCCGAGUCCCCUCAGUCUCCUCCCCCUUCUCCUCGUCGACCUGUGCGGUCGUCUGGCACCCGUCCCAUUACGUCGAGAGUCUUUGAUGGACCUGCUAUGAACGGUGCUACAACGGGGCCGAUUUCAUAUGCGCCGCCUCCUGAUGUAGGCCUGAACUACCGACCACGAGACCUCCCGCUUGACUAUCAAUGCCGUGGCAAUCACUCCCAGUGCUCGUGGUACGUUGCAUGGAAGAAUCGUCGCCCUGGAAUAUACUGUAACUGGGACCACGUCGUCGAAGCACACGGCGAUUGCAUUCGCAAGCGCGUUCAAGAAGGUCAUAUGACUUAUGCGUCUGCUAUUGCUCAAUGGGUCACGCUGCGGGACUCCGGCGAGAUCAGGCAGUGGGCAUAG